UGAGUUCAUCAUCGGGAUGAAUGGUAUCAGAGCACUGGGUGGCGCUACAGUGAGUUCGGAUGACCGAGUCAGAUUCGGAGUUGAGGCAGCGGUGUCUCAUAUAGCGGCGUCAGUGGCCUCACCCGGUGACCGGGUCAGCUGUGAUGGUGAGAGGACUGGGGUGUCGCGUGCAGUGGCAGCGACUGCACGGGUGAGUCAUGAUCAGGCGAGCAGUGAGGCGGCCCCAGCGUCAGGUGCAGCGGCGGCAGCUGCAGCAGUGAAUCGAGCUGACAGCAGUAAGGGGGAUCCGGUGUUGGGUGCGUCGGCGGCGGCCGCACCGGCUAAUCGAGCCGACGAGAAGGACUUUGUGGUGAGCUUUGAUGAGACAGAAAAGAAGUGGUCGGUGGAGUGGAAAUGGUGUGGAGGAAAGGAGCCCGAGCAGCUGCACAAUACAGCAGAGGAGUACGCGAUUCCAACAGAAGCCCGACACGAAUACGAGCGAGAACUCUCCAAGUGGGUGGCGAAUCAAUGGCUCGUCCCUUAUGAUGAGAGCGUGCACGGGAGGGUCAAAGGUACGAUCCCGCUCAUGGCGGUCAUCCAACCGAAGAAGGACAAAGUGCGUCCCGUCAUGGAUUUCAGGGAGUUAAAUACGCACCUGGACCCGCAUACAGCUGACGCGGAUGUUUGCAGUGAAAAAAUCCGUGAGUGGCGUCGGUGUGGACGAAACGUGUCUCUCCUAGAUCUGCGAGACGCUUACCUGCAGAUCCACGUGCACGCAUCGCUGUGGCCGUAUCAGACUGUAGUGUUCCAGGGCAGACGGUGGUGUCUGAGCAGACUUGGCUUUGGGCUCAGUCUCGCACCGAUGGUGAUGAGAAAGGUGCUGGAAAUGGCCCUGAAACGUGACCCGAGGGUGCACACCGCUACAUCACCUUACGUGGACGACAUACUCGUAAAUGAAAACAUCGCUACUGCAUUAGAGGUGAAGGGUCAUUUGGAGGCGCUCGGUCUGACCUGCAAAUCCCCGGAGAAGGUGUCAGAAGGUGCUCGUGUCCUGGGCAUUCGAGUCUGGGGGGAGCGGCAAGGACUGUUCUGGAAGCGGGACAACCAGGAUCUACAGCCGCCGCCAAAGCUGACGUGGAGAGUGAGGAAAAGUGCGAAGAGAGUGAGUGUGCUACGUUCAGUGUAGGCGAUAAGGUAUGGAUCAGAGACCCUAGUCGCCGGUGUGAUGUGCCAAGUUCCAUAGGAACAGUCACCCGACAAGUGUCGGCGCAGUGUGUGGAAGUAGACAAUGUCCCCCGUCACGUGAGAGAUCUGAGACUGGCUUUCGUUCCCAGUCCGGAGAGUGGCCAGACUGAGCCGCCGAACAAUGACAAUGACGACUCUGGCCCAAUUAUCUUGCGAGAGUGUGCGCACGAAAGCCACGGGGAAAAUGUGCCCCCUGUGACGUACGCUGAAGUUCUACGCCGCGGCAUGCGGGAGAGACGCCCUGCCGUUCUGACCCAGUACGAUGAUUUGUAGAUCAGGGGGGAGUGUAUUAGAAUCU